CUCACUUCGGCAUCCCAGACAUCCUGCCUCCUGGAGCCAUUCCUCCGGAGGCCCAUUUCGACCCGAUUGGACCCUUGAGACGACAUGGACUGGGAUGCGGAGCUGGUAUCGGCUGUUGGGAGAAAAAUGGCUGGUUUAGAGGCGCUGUACACCUGUGUCGCAGAUAAAAUCGAGUGUCCGCAGGACGCCGUCGUGUGCUUCGUUCACUGGGUAAUGAUAAAGAAUGGCUACCGGUGCAUCGGAUCUGGAUUCGAGCCUAGCAGCCGUGAUAAAAAGUCAGAGCUGCUUCCUGCUGACUGGAGCAGCAACAAGGAGCUGUACAGCCUGCGCUACAGAACCAGCGACACAGACACCGUGAUGGUGCUGAAGGUCAUCGCUGUGGACUCCACGCUCAUCUUCAACUUAAUGAACUCCGGCACUAACCAGGUUUCAUACCUGAUGGUGAACAUCAGUGACCACGUCAACGCCGAUCAGCUGCACACGUUUGACAGCGUGUUCAGAGACGCAGACGAUUUGUCUGAGAAGGUGAAGUCUCGGCUGCUGCCCCGCCCAGAGAAAGCGCCGGAGAGCAGCAGACAGGAGGAGGGCGAGUCGUCUCAGAGAAGGCAGGAAGAAGACAGUGACCCCCUGCGCCACGGGCCGCAGCCUCACUGGUUAGCGUUUUGGGAGGAGAUGAUCGUGGACCCUGUCAGGUUCGGGUUCCCUCACUUCGGCAUCCCAGACAUCCUGCCUCCUGGAGCCAUUCCUCCGGAGGCCCAUUUCGACCCGAUUGGACCCUUGAGACGACAUGGACUGGGAGAUCCGCCUGAGGGUCGGGUGCAGCGACACGGUGAUUUUGGCCUGUUUCCGGUUCCGCCCUCGCUGCUUUACCUGCGCCACGUUGAAGAGCAGCGUGAUGGCGUAGUAGAAGUUGGAGUUGGCGCUUCCGGCGUAGAUCCAGAGAUGCCACAGAACCGGGAAGAGAGCAGAGCAGGCGAGCAGAACGCAGGAAACCAGGAAGAUGUUCCUGAGGACUGGACAGGCAGGCAGGCGGUUCAGUAG